AUGAGCAGCAAACGCAUCGAAUCCUGGGAAAUCACCCGCUACUGGGAGAUCUUCGCGUCGCUGGUCUCGCCCUCCAACCCAGCCUCCACAACCCCGCACCACCGGCUCACCAACACGCAAGCCGCGACCGUGCUCCGGAACUCGCACCUGCGCGACGACCAGCUCGAGCAGGUCUGGGACCUCUCCGACGUCGACGGCGAUGGCGAGCUGGACUUUGAGGAGUUCUGCGUCGCGAUGCGGCUGAUCUUUGACCUGGUGAACGGGGAGCUGCACGAAGUGCCCGCCGAGCUGCCGGGGUGGUUGGUGCCGGAGAGCAAGGGCCAUCUGGUCGCGGCGAGUCGCGCGUUGAAGCAGGAGGGGAGGGGUGGGGGCACCGGGUUUGAGAGGGUUGUAGAUGACGAUGCAGAGGAAGACCGGGGCUUGAGGGACGGGUUUGAGUGGUACAUGAAGCCGGCGGAUAAGAGGAAAUACGAGGAGAUUUACUCGGCGAAUAAGGACCGGAGGGGCGAGAUCAGUUUCGAAAGUCUACAUUCUCUCUAUGCGAGUUUGGACGUUCCGGAUACGGAUGUCAGGUCCGCGUGGAAUCUUAUCAAUCCGUCGGCGCAUCAGACGGUGGGCAAGGAUGCCUGUUUGGCGUUCUUACAUAUCCUCAAUAAUCGACAUGAAGGGUUCCGGAUUCCGAGGACCGUGCCACCGAGUUUGAGGGCUAGUUUUGAGAAUCGCGGCAUUGAUUAUCAGGUUGACAGUGUGAGGAAUGAGGAUAGGGCGAACAAGUAUGAUGAUACGACGACAGGGAGAAAAGCUAAGUUUGGAGAUGCUUACCUAUCCCGGAUUGGCGGUGGCAGUGGAGCAGGCAGUGGGUAUCAGCCCAAGGGCACUGACUUCUCGGAUGUUGUUGAGGAUGAGGACUUGGAGAGGGUGAGGUUGCUGAGGGAGUUGAGGGAGCUGGAACAACAGCAUGAUGCUGCGGUUGCGGCGGCGGAGAGGAAGAGGAAGCAAAGGCAGGAGGGCGGUGGGCAGAGGAAUGUGUCUGGGGGCACGAAUUGGACACUGGUCAAGAGGGAGGCACAGCAGAUGUUGGAGUAUAAACAGAGAGUGUAUGUGGAGUUGAAUUCGGAGAAGUCGGGCAAGAGUGGAGAGGAGAUGAAGAGGUUGAGGGAGGAUCUGGCGUUGGUGCAGGAGCAAGUUGAGGGAUUGGAGGCGCAUCUGAGGAGGAGGGAAGCGGAAUUGCAGAAUGUGAAAAGGGAAAUUGAUGAUGUGAAAGCAGGUAGAUAG